AUGCUCCACAAGCCGAGGUGGUUUUAACAUUUGAGUGUAAGGAUACAAAAACUCAAAUGUUAGUUUUUAACAAGAAAGGUUAUUGAAUCUCGAUUCCCUUCAGUCCUGUAUUGUAUGCUAGUGUUUCAUAUAUUAUUCCCUCACAACGUGGCCAGUAGUUUUGGUGUUUGCAUCCUAGAUGAUUUUUCAACCAUCGCAUAUACAUUUGUCCCUUAAUGUCAUGUAAGGGAAAUAUAGUUCCACCUUUUAGAAAGCCUGCAUGAAUUAUGAGAUAAUUUGAAAUAGCAGAAAGUUCCCUCAAAAGACUUCAACUGAAAUAACUUGAGAUACAACGAAAUGCUGAAAAAGUUCAACGUAAUAACGACUGAUGUGACCAAACCUUUUGUAGCGCAAAAUUUAUAAAACUAACACUCGAACCAAGAAGAAUUAAACCUUACAUCUUCUAAUUAAAUGCAUCAGAGAAACCGAAGCAAUUUUUUUUUGAAAUGAAAAAUAAAUAAGUGCUUUAAAUAAAUAACUCAAAAAUGCCCGGAAGAAUUAGGCGGAUCAAGGUGUUGACUUCAUUUUUUCCACUUUAAGUUUUAAUUUCAGAAAAAAUUAUACGUAUUUCACCGAAGAGAAGAAUUGAUACGACAAACUUAGUGGUGAGUUGGGAAAUAGACAGAUAUUUGCUCAUAUUUUUACACCUAUGUAUGGCCGGAUACGGGCUUUGAUUCACAAAAAAAAACAAAGGACGGCACCAUCGAGAAUGGGCAGACCAAUUUUAAAGGAAGUAAAAAUUAAAUAACCGAGAUGAUCACAUUCAUUUCAAGAACUGACAGGUAGGACAAAUUAAACCUACUAAGAAUCAAAGUUUUCGUGUCUCCUGACGCGAUAAUUUAUUGUUAUUAUCUUCUUUAUAAUUUUUAUUUAGCCGAAAUAACUAAUACAGUCAACUGUAGCCAUAGUCUCUGCAUGCCUUGUGGGCGGUUUGUGGUUUAAAAAACUUUAAGCGACGUUGGGCUCGCCAGAGCGGCUCUUCCUGGAGUUUAUUCUCGAAACAGUCGCUUCUUUAUUCACAAGUUGUAGAAUCCUGCAUUUAGAGAAUUUUUUGAUUAACGAGAGAAGAGCUCAUAAGUUUCAGAAAAAUCCCUAUGCCAAAAUAAAAAUUAAUAUUUUCAUUAAAUCAAAGAGAGGCAUCUUUGGAACAUCGUUUUAUCAUCCAUUAGGAAGAUCACCCUUCUAGUACUACGGCUUAAAGACAAUUAAACGAAAUAAAUUUUUAUAAUUAACCUUAAAUCACUCACCUUUAAGGGUGUUUUUUUUCCAUUUCACCGCAUUACACAUGCGCAAUAAAGGUAAAAAUGGAUAAUGAUGUCCAAAGAGCGACUUAAAGUCGUUAACUAAAAGAAAAACGCCUCUGCAAUAUCUCAUUACCGGGUAUAUAUGAUCGUUAAAGGAUCUUUAAAAACAACAAUUACAGGCCUGCUUCAUCCGGAAACUUAGGGGGUAAAUUGUCUUAGUUUUACCACCCUUUUUCUUUAGAAUCACCCGACAUAAAUGUUGGAUUUUUGUCUUUUCUGUUGACAAAAUAGACUAUACUCGUUGCCUUUUUAAUUUUGUUAAGGUUUAGUACUAAAGAAAAGUGGAAAUUUUAUGAAAAAAAUCAAGUUUCAAUUGUAAUAAAGAAAAAAGAAAUAAAUUACUUUAAAAGCAGGCAAAUGGUUAUAAUUGCAAGAAAUGCGAAUAAUAUAUUAACAAAUAAUCUAUGAUUGAUUUGACCGAAAAUAAACGUCUGGUCUCUCAUGCUCCAACGGCUAUGUUGUAAUUACAGCUCUACAAAUUUUUCUUAUUUGCGAUGAUAUAACUUAAAUGUUAGUGAACUGAAACUAUAAAAGUUUGGAGACAAUUGACUGACUUAGAAUUUUCUUAUUGUUACUCAGUUUUCCGUAUACCAGUGGCUCUGUUUCUGUUUCUUUUUCUUUUAUUUUACAUUUCAUCCUCAUUUCCACAGAAGCUGCCAAAGGAAACAAUCUAUAAAGGACACAAUUUACUGUUUUUUAAUUUAUACGGCACAAGUAAAGCUUAGGCAUAUAAAGCGUAAAUAAAGCGUUUUUACUAACGCAACCAGCAUCUCUGCAAAUUUAUUGGAACAAAAGAAAACGUUGACAUAGGAAGAGAGUUCAACUCCCACAGGACUGGUUUAAGAACGACACCAAUAUGGCCACCGUGACGUCAAGUAAAAACACUCUAUGGAGACAAAACAUAUAAAAGGGGUCUUUUUUUACGACCUUUUUUGGAUCCUACCUGCUAUUUGAAAUUAUUUCUUAGAUUGUCUCGGAAGCCAACUUUAAGUCAGGUCUACUGAUUGUAACGAUUUAACACUUAUGAAAGCGCGGGAGCAGGACGUGGUUCUAGAACUAUGUACUGCGGUAUAGCAGCCGUGCGGUAUAGAUAGUAGCUUUGUUUUGAUUUUGCCAACGAAAUGAGCUGCAGCCGAGAGACAUUCACCAACAUCAUUGAGCUAUUAUAAGCAAAACAAGACAAUUUAUAAGCACUGCAAUUAAUAUCUAUAACCUCGGAAAAAAUUCUUGAGACAGUUCCGAUUUCGUCGUGCGAUAUACUACAAUGUGAUCAAACCUAGAACAAAGUCGCCCCCUCCCCACCCCCCAUUUAAUGUUGUUGGAAGAGGGGAGACGUCGGUGGAGGACGGCAUUUAUUUUGUGAUAGUUUUAUUUCGUAAGGGUGAAAGGAAAAAAGUAGGUAUCUUUCAAAGUUGGUUCUCCAAGAAUUUCGACCGAAUUUGUAGUUAGAAAUAUUAUAAUUGCAUUUAAAAAGGUUCUCCCCAAUCAAAAGAGUGGCAUGAUAAGUGGGACGUACGUCACAAAUAGUUAAAUAGCCAUGGCCCCUCACGGUUCAAAGCUCAAACUCCCCGCUUUCUUUCGGGAAAUUCAGUACUUAAAACAAAGCAGAAAAACCUGAUCUUAAAGCAUAGCUAGGGACCAGGCACCUAACCGCUUAACGCUCGUGUUACGUUUUGAAAAGGGGUUGGAAAGGAUUAGCCCAGGGAUCUAGGCCCGAGGGGGGGGGGGAAACUUAACAAAUGCUUAUACGGGGAAGCUCUGCCCCAAGGUCCAACCCCUUACUCUUUAAUAUACCAAUUUUCACGAAAAAGGUACCUCUUUUGUAUACCUUCUAUUGAAAAAUGGCACCCCUUUCACAUACCUUGUUUAGAACUUUGCAUCCCUUUUAACUGCGCGCUGUAAAUGCACUGUUUUUUAAAUAGGAAUCAAUCACAAAAAUAGAACGUUUUCUCGACUUUAAAAAGCCAUAAAAUUUAUUUGUUAGUCCUGUGGGCCUAUUUAAAGACCCAAAUGACCGAUUUCCCUACCCUUUUAUAUACUUCAACUAGUGAAACCCCUACCCUUUCAUAUACCUGAAGCCUGAAAAAGAUACCCCUUUCGGGUGGAGCCUCCCUGUAUAGGCCAUCAUAGGGAGUAUCCCCCGGGGUCUAGGUUGCCGUUAAGGUUGGCUUUUCGAGGAAGGGGGAGGUGGGGACGGAGGGGUGGAGAUGAAGCGAAUCCUGUGUUCUGAUUGGCUACCCGUGCGCGGGUGAACAAGCUUGUUCGGUCAAGAUAACUUCGGGGUAAUUGGCAGUCUUGACACGCAUAUCUUUUGCCUUUUCUGUGUAAAUUUUGUUUCAGCCAGGUGAGCGAGAUUUUUCCGAAGUAAGAAGUUUCAACUGGCCUGACUCUUAUGCUAAUUGUGUACUAAAAACCCAAGAACUAUCCAAGUGGCACAACACACAUCUGACUUUCCUGUUUUUCCAAAUUUACCCAAACAUUGUUUUUCCUGAUUUCCUGAUCACAUUUUUUUGCGUGUAAAUUAUCCUGAGGAACGCCUCUUUGACAGCUUGUUUUCACCCCAUAACAGACCUCGCCCUGGUGCCCAUCUCUGUUGACAGUUCACAGGUUUUUAACAGUUAUUCAAAACAAGCCCCGCAGUUCAUCCGUUUUACUUAUUUAUUUAAUUAGUAUCAUCGACUCUCUGUGUGGGUCCAAUCGAGUAUGAGGAGCUGCAAUUGUCAUCGGUAAACAGGACAUGCAAGCCUUUAUUGCUACCAUGCAAUAACCAAAUGUGUACUGGUGUCAAUUAUAAAAAAAUAUACAUAUAUUUUAGAAGAUCGCCAAUGUUUUUAGUACCAUUUAUCGCUUGCGCUACAAAUGAACGCCAACCAAAAUUCGUGAAAAAGGAAUUUCUACGUUUUAUCACCUAUCUGCCGACUGUUAGCGGAUAAUCCGAUUACUAAACAAAAAACGGAACAAAAAGGAUCGACUUGAUGGCUUUGGACAAUUGUACUUUUAUUUCGGAAAAAGAUAGCUCUUUUUUAAAAAUCUUUUUAAAUAGACAAUGAUACUAAAAUUUCAAGCAUAAAAUGUGAGAGGGCGCAAGAUGAAAUUUUAGGUUUUAGUGCUAAUUUUUGAUACAUCUUUACCUAUAACCUUCGAAUCAGUAAAAACAUGUGUAAACUGGGAUGCCAGAUCGAGAGAAAUGAGACGAUCGAAUUUCCUCAUUUUGAAUUACCUAAUUACCUUGUGCUGCAUUUCCGUUCCCUUUCAAAAGUUAAGUAGCUUUGUCCUCGUGAUUUUUUCCAUUUUUAUCGUUAACAAUUACUGAUAUAAACACCCCUUGAGCGGGUUUGUCAACGGCCUAUGAAAAAAUCUAAUACUGAGCGCCGAGUGUACCUAUAAUUCAGUUGGUAACAAUAUUUGGAAGAAAAUGACAAAUAUCUUUCUGGAAAAGAUGUUAAACAAUGUAAGAAAUAGCUUAGUAGCAGCUGUCGUUGGCUUGGCCUUCAGGCGUUCAGAUUGGCGGAAGUAAGCGAAAUUUGCCCUAUUCAUGCGUCAUUUGGCAACAGCCACGCUUAGUUGACACUUGAGUUGUCGAACUUAUUUUAGCAAAAUAAAAAUAGUCUGCUCAUUAACUUCAAUUUGAAUGGAUGACUUUGAAAGUGGGCUCUUUGGCACCAUAUCCGGGCAAUGUUCUUCAUCUCUGCGGCAGGGCUCGUGUCGAUAAAGCCCCAAGCAUUGUUUGUUACCUAAUAUUCAAUAGCUUGUGGUACAGGGCGGGGGAUCAAACAACUGUCCUCAUCACGCCAGUGGUCGGAUCUCUUUAAUCCUUUAAUAAAAUAAAGAAAAUACCUCUUGGGAAGUACAAGAAAGCAAAGAGGAUGAAACUGUACAGAGAUAAUCCAGUUAAACACUACCUUUGUUACAACAGUUGUACAGUCGCAAGAUAUGACGAAAUGUACCAUCCAACUUACAUCGACGCUGAUACGACAAAAAUGCUGAAGAAUCGCCCUUGAACAAGGAGCAUCAUAUUUUUAAAAUGGCAAAGUACAGUACACACAGUUUCAAUUAGAGUUUAAUUAAAUUACCGUCAUCACGAAAUAAGCCUUGACUUUUUGCAAGUUUUAAAAGCGCUUUCUUUAAUCCUUCAAAGAUGUUAUGCGAAAAAAAGUUAAUCGAUUGUACAACGGCAACUUGUGUCUUCAUAAGGGUACAAUUUUUAACUUUUAACUAUUCUAAGCUAAUGAUGUAAAUAAAAAAAAAAAAGAAAAAUUAUUAAGCAUGGAAAUAAUAUCUCAAACCGCAGAAAAAAAUUUUAGAACAAUUCCGCAUUUCGCCGCGCGAAUUCCACCAAGUUAACAAAAAAAGAAAAAAGGCCUCCCUCCCCCCCCCCCCCCCCCCAUUUAAUGUUGCUGGAAGAGGGGAGACGUCGGUGGAGGACGGCAUUUAUUUAGUCAUAGUUUUAUUUCGUAAGGGUUAAAAGGAAAAAAGUAGGUAUCUUUCAAAGUUGAUUCUCCAAGAAUUUUGACCGAAUUUGUAGUUAGAAAUAUUAUAAUUGCAUUUAAAAAGGUUCUCCCCAAUCAAAAGUGUGGCAUGAUACGUGUGACGUACGUCACAAAUAGUUAAAUAGCCAUGGCCCCUCACGGUUCAAGGCUCAAACUCCCGGCUUUCUUUCGGGGAAAUUCAGUACUUAAAACAAAGCAGAAAAACCUGAUCUUAAAGCAUAGCUAGGGACCAGGCACCUAACCGCUUAACGCUCGUGUUACGUUUUCAAAAGGGGUUGGAAAGGAUCAGCCCAGGGGUCUAGGCCCGAGGGGGGGGGGGGAACUUAACAAAUGCUUAUACGGGGAAGCUCUGCCCCAAGGUCCAACCCCUUCCUCUUUAAUAUACCAUUUUUCACGAAAAAGGUACCCCUUUCUUAUACCUUCUAUUGAAAAAUGGUACCCCUUUCAGAUACCUCGCUUUUUUUUUUUGGCCACACAAUAAUUACAAAAAAUAUAGGAAAAGAAGAAAAAAAGAAGUGGCGAGGAGACCUAACAGAAAAUAUAGGAGCUUAUGAGAGGUUAGGCCUCUAGGCCCUGCUUAGAACUUUGCAUCCCUUUUAACGGCUGUAAAUGCACUGUUUUUUAAAUAGGAAUCAAUCACAAAAAUAGAACGUUUUUUUGCCUUUAUAAAGCCAUACAAUUUAUUUGUUACUCCUGUGGACCUAUUCAAAGACCCAAACGACAGAUUUCCCUACCCUUUUAUAUACUUGAACUAGUGAAACCCCUACCCUUUCAUAUACGUGAAGCCUGAAAAAGGUAUGGCCCCUUUCGGGCGGAGCCUCCCCGUAUAGGCCAUCAUAGGGAGUAUCCCCCGGGGUCUAGGUUGCUGUUAAGGUUGGCUUUUCGAGGAAGGGGGAGGUGGGGACGGAGGGGGGAGAUGAAGCGAAUCCUGUGUUCUGAUUGGCUACCCGUGCGCGGGUGAACAAGCUUGUUCGGUCAAGAUAACUUCGGGGUAAUUGGCAGUCUUGAAACGCAUAUCUUUUGCCUUUUCUGUGUAAAUUUUGUUUCAGCCAGGUGAGUGAGAUUUUUCCGAAGUAAGAAGUUUUAACUGGCCUGACUCUUAUGUUAAUUGUGUACUAAAAACCCAAGAACUAUCCAGGUGGCACAACACACAUCUGCUCUUCCUGUUUUUCCAAAUUUACCCAAACAUUGUUUUUCCUUGAUUUCCUGAUCACAUUUUUUUGCGUGUAAAUUAUCCUGAGGAACGCCUCUUUGACAGCUUGUUUUCACCCCAAAACAGACCUCACCCUGGUGCCCAUCUCUGUUGACAGUUCACAGGUUUUUAACAGUUAUUCAAAACAAGCCCCGCAGUUCAUCCGUUUUACUUAUUUAUUUAAUUAGUAUCAUCGACUCUCUGUGUGGGUCCAAUCGAGUAUCAGGAGCUGCAACUGUCAUCGGUAAACAGGGCAUGCAAUCCUUUAUUGCUACCAUGCAAUAACGAAAUAUGCACUUGUGUCAAUUAUAAAAAAAAUAUAAAUAUAUUUUAGAAGAUCGCUAAUGUUGUUAGUACCAUUUAUCGCUUAUGCUACAAGUGAACGCCAACCAAAAUUCGUGAAAAAAGAAUUUCGACGUUUUAUUACCUAUCUGCCGACUGUUAGCGGAUAAUCCGAUUACUUAAACGGAACAAAAAGGAUUGCCUUGAUGGCUUUGGACAAUUGUACUUUUAUUUCGGAAAAAGAUAGCUCUUUUUUUAAAAUCUUUUUAAAUAGAAAAUGAUACUAAAACUUCAAGUAUAAAAUAUGAGACGACGCAAGAGGAAAUUUUAGGUUUUAGUGGUAAUUUUGGAUACAUCUUUACCUAUAACCUUCGUAUCAUUAAACACAUGUGUAAACUGGGAUGCCAGAGAAAUGAAACGAAUUUCCUCAUUUUGAAUUACCUAAUUAUCUUGUCCUGCAUUUCCGUUCCCUUUCAAAAGUUAAGUAGCUUUGUCCUCGUGAUUUUUUUCCACUUUUAUCGUUAACAAUUACUGACACAAACACCCUUUGUGCGGGUUUGUCAACGGCCUACGAAAAAAUCUAAUACUGAGCGCCGAGUGUACCUUUAAUUCAGUUGGUAACAAUAUAUCUUUGGAAGAAAAUGACAAAUAUCUUUCUGGAAAAGGUGUUAAACAAUGUAAGAAAUUGCUUAGCAGCAGCUGUCGUUGGCUUGGACUUCAGGCGUUCAGAUUGGCGGUAGUAAGCGAAAUUUGUCCUAUUCGUGCGUUCCCUACUAUCUAUCAUUUGGCAACAGCCACGCUUAGCUGACACUUGAGUUGUCGAACUCAUUUUAGCAAAAUAAAAAUAGUCUGCUCAUUAACUUCAAUUUGAAUGGAUGACUUUGAAAGUGUGCUCUUUGGCACCAUAUCCGGACAAUGUUCUUUAUCUCUGCGGCAGGGCUCUUGUCGAUAAAGCUCCAAGCAUUUGUUUGUUACCUAAUAUUCAAUAGUUUGUGGUACAGGGCGGGGGAUCAAACAAUUGUCCUCAUCACGCCAGUGGUCGGAUCUCUUUAAUCCCUUAAUAAAAUAAAGAAAAUACCUCUUGGGAAGUACAAGAAAGCACAGAGGAUGAAACUGUACAGAGAUAAUCCAGUUAAACAUUACCUUUGUUACUACAGUUGCACAGUCGCAAGAUAUGAGGAAAUGUACCAUCCAACUUACAUCUACGCUGAUACGACAAAAAUGCUUAAGAAUCGCCCUUGAACAAGGAGCAUCAUAUUUUUAAAAUGGCAAAGUACAGUACACACAGUUUCAAUUAGAGUUUAAUUAAAUUACCGUCAUCACGAAAUAAGCCUUGGGAAAAACGUUCAAAAUUUUCGCGAAAGAAAUUAGGAAGUUUCUACAAUACGCUUUUUUUCAAUUAGCUAACAUGUUGCCGUUGAACACAGAAGUAUUCCCAUGUUAAAAAUUGAAAAUUGAUAAGAUUCGAUACUAAACAACACAAAAACCAUUGUCUGUUAAAUCCAGUACAUUGCUAGCCACGUUUAAGUUCGGAUCAUUGGUUUCAUCAAAAUUUUAUUAAAUAUCCCUUUCCACAUACAAAUCCAUAUACAAAUUUUCCAGAUUGACCUUCACACUUUUCCUAGAACUAGUAUGAUAAUUUCAUACCCGGGCAGAGCAUUUUCUCUUUUUUGAUCAUCAGUUUAUUUCGGUAUUCUCAUAUCUUUUUCUGUGGGCUAGGUAUGGAUAUUAUUAGGAGAAAAUUGAUGCUGGUCACCAUUAGCACCUAACGGGUCAAACCGUGGUGUAGUAAGUAGGACACACUUAGUGGAAAUGACUGAACGCGUCUAAGCACAGCAAUGCUUACUGAAAGGAAUUUUUAGAAAAUUUACUGGGAUGAGAACGGAAAGGUUUCCACAUGUGUUUCUAAUUGAGGUCAAGAUACCCCUCAUUAAAUUGAUAAGCAAAUCUCUUUAUGCCCAAUGAGAAGUGUCUUAUCAGGGCUCUCUAACUCUCAUAACAGAGAGGAACAAUUCGUGAUCUUUUAAACAACUAAUUUGAUUUCCGAAAUCGCUUCAUUUUAUUUAAAAAAGCAUGAAGGCACGCAUAAAAAUGCGUGGCAAAAAUUAGCUAUUCUCGCCGGCGAAAUUUCGUUUCUUCAAUUGAAAGUGCUUCUUAGCGUCGAGAUCAACAUGGAUUAUUCUCAGAACCUUAGAGAACGAACCAAUUUCUCGUCGGCAGAACUCAAAGUUGGAAAUCAGUCAGUUAAAUUUCACCAAAUUCUUAGUUCUAGACAACGCGUUUUUUCUUGCAAGAUAUUUUUAAAAAGGUAGUACCACGUAAAAGAGGUACUGUAUUAAUUUGAAUUGGCACACCGCAUUGAUAAUUCAUUGAUAAGUCACUUAGCCUAUCUCCAUGAGAGUAAGCCUAUUUCUCUCCAGGGAAAUCUGAAGCUUUUUUUAAAAGAUCGGCAAUGUUCAAGUAACAUUUUUCCGCUAAUGAACAUACCUCCGCCAUUUACAGUGUUGUUAGAUAUAGCUGACAUUGCCAUUUUAAAGUUUCCAAACAAUGACAGGAAAUAGAAUAUAAUCGCAGACCAUCUUUAUAAAGAUGUCAUCAAGCAUCAUUGUUGUGUUACAUUCCUUAGUUCUAAUCUUCUUUUGCGGUUUUCAAUUAGCGUCGUCACUUAAGAGAUUGUUGCACUCCAAAGGGCGGAUUAAGACCUGUUAAUUCAGUCUUUUUCUCCGUCCAUUUUCUCUCCGCCAAAGACAGCCAAAAUCAAAAUUAAAGGAAAAUGUCAGAUAAUAAAAAGUACCGUGUGAAAGAAGGUGCCAAUGAAGUUUCAUUUAAAAAAGGCUAGUCACAUUAUGGCUUUACCUUAGGGCUAAAAAUUACAUGUGUCCUUGAUUGAUCCAGCGGUACAAGCCGGGGGUACAAACUGAUUUUACAACUUUGUACUGCCACAAUGUUGAUAUUACAAAUGAGAAUUCCAGACGAACGCGAUUCAAAUUUCAUCAGUACUGUAGGUCAAAUAUAUUAGAAAAUAGCCAGGGUUAAUUUAUAAAUCCAGUUUGCAAUGAAUUCCUCUCAUGCUCAGCUCAUUGAUCGUAUCCAGUUGCGCGAUAUCUAUACUGAUAAUCUUGAAUGCUUCAAUUUGAAGAUGGCUUCGAUUUGAAUGCAAUAUGUUUGUUUACCAAAGAAUGAUGUUUCGUGUAACACGUUGUUCCUUAGAAGGACGACUGUCCUUUGUCCAACUCUGUCCUAGUUAGUCAUAUCAGAAAGAAAUCUUCGAUGUUUAUUUUAGCUACAUAUGCGAUAACGUCCUUGACACAUAGUUAACGCUAACUAAUAUAGAACCAUUUCGGUUACGUGGAAAUACUUCAACUCUUUAUACUUUAUUCCUUGAGAGACAGUACAAAUGUUGAAGCAAGUGCUCAAUUUUUCAUUCCGUGUCUUUGAUUGGAAAUUAAAUUAGUCAGUGAGCAGUCAAUAUCUGACCCCUUUUUACCCUUGAGUGCAAGGUUUCAGACACUUCUCGGAACCCCUUGUUAAGUGAUACUGUCUCGGAAUUUAAUUAGUGUCAGAGGAAGGACUUUAUCGCAUGAAUACGUCUUUCUCGCAUUAUAAGCAUUUCACGGCAGGCCGACACCGUCGAUUUCUCUCUCUUGGUUUUCGGCUUUUAGAGGGGAUAUAGACAGUUUAAAGGUGCAAAACCCAUUUGCUCGACACACCAUUGCCAAGAAGUACUCAAGAAGGUAAGCAAAGUUGACGUUAUGACGUUGAAUGGCGGAUGUUCAAUUAGGCAUUAGAGAAAGAAGUAGUAGCACUGUUCGUGAUCUCGCUAGCUGAAAACUUAAGUUCAUAAAGGCGAACCAUAUAUCAACACUUUUCGCUGUUUUUUGAAUAGUUUAAGUACAGUAAUGAGUAACUGUAAUCCUUUGUCAGUUGUAGUUCUCAUAAUGGCUGGUAUUAGCAGUCUUCAAGAGAUUUAUACUGAAGAACAGAAUAAGAGGAAUCGCUAGGGACUCUUUGGAGUCACCGUUUACGUCUCAAAAUUGGAGCAUUUCAUAUCAAAAGUGUUGCUGUUAGUGUUAGUGUGCUGUUGUUUAAGGUUUUAAAUCAAGUAGCCUACUUUGACAGUUAUUCCUGUGCAAAAAAUCAGUUCAAUAAAUAUGCAACCAUGAUCUUUGUCGCCGCGAUCACACCCUAGAACGGCCUCGAAAAAUUCCAAGCAAAAUCAUAUCUUAAAUUACAUUUUUAUUUAACCGCAAAAACCGCUCAGUAGCUCGUUGAUUAAAAUGAGAUUUCAUCCGCAAGGUCAUAAGUUAGAGAAAUCUUGUACGGAACAUUGAACGACACGACUGAGAUGUAGCGCUAGGAAUCCUCUAGUUGAAAUGCCCCACUUAAAGACUGCACUUUCAAAUCCCUUAGUAAAACAAUGAUGUUCAGAAUAAUGAUUGCUCAUAUUCGAAACAACAGAUGCUGUUGCUGCUACUUCUUACACAUUGAAUAUAUCUAGCUAUUACUGCUUUGAGGUUUUCGCUUCAUCAACUGUCAUAAUAUUUCACGGACAGACUCUAAAGCUAGAAAUAUAUAAACUUGAACUACCUUGUACAGCAUAAUAAACAGUACCACAGGAAAGUGCUGCUCAGUAGCUUUCAUUUGAAUGGUCACACUUUACGAUUUCAUCCACAGACUCAAAAGUUAGAACCACCUUGUGCAGCUUAAUAAACAGUACCACAGGAAAGUGCUGCUCAGAAGCUUUCAUUUGAAUGGUCACACUUUACGAUUUCACCCACAGACUCAAAAGUUAGAACCACCUUGUGCAGCUUAAUAAACAGUACCACAGGAAAGUACUCUUCAGUAGCUUUCAUUUGAAUGGUCACACUUUAGGAUUUCAUCCACAGGCACAAAAGUUAGAACUACCUUGUACAGCAUAAUAAACAGUACCACGGGAAAGUACUGUUCAGUAGCUUUCAUUUGAAUGGUCACACUUUAGGAUUUCAUCCACAGGCACAAAAGUUAGAACCACCUUGUGCAGCUUAAUAAACAGUACCACAGGAAAGUACUCUUCAGUAGCUUUCAUUUGAAUGGUCACACUUUAGGAUUUCAUCCACAGGCACAAAAGUUAGAACUACCUUGUACAGUAUAAUAAACAGUACCACGGGAAAGUACUGUUCAGUAGCUUUCAUUUGAAUGGUCACACUUUAGGAUUUCAUCCACAGGCACAAAAGUUAGAACCACCUUGUGCAGCUUAAUAAACAGUACCACAGGAAAGUACUCUUCAGUAGCUUUCAUUUGAAUGGUCACACUUUAGGAUUUCAUCCACAGGCACAAAAGUUAGAACUACCUUGUACAGUAUAAUAAACAGUACCACAGGAAAGUACUGUUCAGUAGCUUUCAUUUGAAUGGUCACACUUUAGGAUUUCAUCCACAGGCACAAAAGUUAGAACCACCUUGUGCAGCUUAAUAAACAGUACCACAGGAAAGUACUCUUCAGUAGCUUUCAUUUGAAUGGUCACACUUUAGGAUUUCAUCCACAGGCACAAAAGUUAGAACUACCUUGUACAGUAUAAUAAACAGUACCACAGGAAAGUACUGUUCAGUAGCUUUCAUUUGAAUGGUCACACUUUAGGAUUUCAUCCACAGGCACAAAAGUUAGAACUACCUUGUACAGUAUAAUAAACAGUACCACAGGAAAGUACUGUUCAGUAGCUUUCAUUUGAAUGGUCACACUUUACGAUUUCACCCACAGACUCAAAAGUUAGAACUACCUUGUACAGUAUAAUAGACAGGUACCAUAGGAAAGUAUUGCUCGAUCAGUAGCUUUAUUUCAAUGGUCACACCGAGUAUUUCAUCCAAAAACUCAAAGUUUAGGACCAAAUUACCAAGCCUUACAGGAACGUACUGCUCGGAGUAGUUUGAGCGGUAACUCACGUGUAACUCUAAAGGAUUUCAUCCACAGACUCAAAGUGAUUCCUUAGCUGUACAACAUCUUUCUCCUCCGCAGAGGCCUCUUUGUAUUGUGGCGAGGCUGGGGAGAAAAAAAAGAGAGCGCGCGGGAAUGCGCGCUUUCUAUUUUUUCGAUUAUUAUAUUUUGAUGGGGAUACCCAGCGGGAGCCUCUGCGGAGGAGAGAGGUACAACAUAAAAAAGAAUCACAGUGAAGUCCCAAUCAGUUGCUUUUGUAUCACAAUGGUCAGAGAUUUUUCUAAAAAAUCUUUGGUCCUUAGUUCUUAUGUUGUUUGUUAAAAAAAGUAAGUCAAAAACAGAAAAAAAUAGAAAAAUCAAAUGAAGUCUAGCAGAGCUAGUGAACUCGUACUUGACUGGCGUAUUGCUGUGCUUGCGUACUCAAGAUAGGAAGGCGGUUAAUGAGAUAGUCUGCGCCAGACUUUUCAAGACAUGAUGAUUAUUUGAUCAAGCACAGUCAUAUUUAGUAGAUUUUGCAGGCGCAAAUCAUGCAAGCACAAGUGUCCAAUAGGAAAGCAGUAUUCCACGCAUGUCAAGUUAAAAAAACAGUUUUGCUAGAACAAGCUCGAUAGCGCAAACAGAUUUCAAGAGUGCACAUUUUUAGAUGAAGGUAAAUGUUCAUUUAGAUAAAUUACUCAGCUUUAAACAUUAAUCUUGCAGGCGGAAGCGUUUAACCCUGCUGAGGAGGAAUUUAAGACAAAAAAAGGUGUCACGUGCAUUAUAAUGGGCCCUAUUUGUUUGCGAAGAUCUCGAAGGAACUAUGUUAUGGUGUGAAACUGAGAAUGAUGAUGUCCGUAACUGAGGUAGGCAAAUAUUUCAUUUAAGAUCACCUUUCGCAAAUGCUCUACGCAAUCUAUAAUUUCUGUAAUUUUUACAACUGACAAUACUGAUGAGGUCGGAAAGUCUCACGUCCUACUGUCUUCUCUUUUUAAAAAGGAUUUGAUCUCACCAGUUAUUGUGUAACGAAAACGUUUUAUGUGCUUCGUAUAAGUUGUCGAUUUUUCUGGUUUAGCGGAAUGAGGUUUUAUAUUCUAAUCACACUGAAACGAUUAUAAAAUAUUUUGUAAGUAAUCUGAAUAAUCACAACACAAAGAAUAGGAGCGGGCAUCUCCUUUAUUGAUGAAGCGAGCGUAGAGCGUUACAAAAAACAGGGUUACAGUUUUACAAACUCAACAAAAUUAGGGUUGAAAGAGUUGCCUCGAAUGGCUCUUGCAUAGCUUAACAAACCUUAAAUAGUGUCCUAGCCCCUCGAGACACCUUACAAGCACGCCUUAAAUACUUCUGCAGUAUUACGCAACCUAAUAUACUUACUCUUGUGAAACUAACAAAACGUUACAAAAUGUAUGUUUUCGCACCCCUUUCGAAUAAUCAAUAUGGAUGUAUGGGGAUAUUUGGAGUGAGUUACCAACUGAUACAACCAAGAAUAACAUAGAAUUAGUGAAAUGAUCACUGCCAAAGGUUAUUAACGGUUGCAAAGAAACUUUUAAAACGGUUGCAAAGAAACUUUUCAAUUUAUUCAAGACCGACAUUGGUUACUACGAAAGAUUCUUUCGACCGCCGGCGUAACAACGUAAUUAUUCUGGUUAAGUUAAUCAGCGAAUAAGGCAUGUCGAAGUUCACUUAAUUUCGUUUCCAAAAGCAGAUAAAAAAAUAAUUCAGCGGCUGGGCAGAAAGGGGAAAAAGACUUUCAAAAGGUGUUUUAAAACAUACCCAGUAUCCGCCACUGUUUGUCAUCCAAAGAGUCCAAUUUUAUAGGCAUUCCGUUGCAGGUCAUCUAGAAAGCAAAUGUUAAUGCUGGGUUAAUUCCUCUUUAUAAGAUGAGUCAAGAUGAAGCAAGAAGAAAAAUACCAAAUUCAUUUCUGUUCAUAAAAUUACUAUACCAAGAGAGAUAAACAGCAUGCACCACCUUGAAGUAAAGCUCAAAAACCUUCAUUAAUGCGCACACUUUCGAGUUUAAUCCAGGGCCUCGAAAGUGACCACUUUGUAAAGCGUAUGCAGUACAAAAACAGUAUAAUACUGGUUUGCACGUGACAUCACGGCGGCCAUGCUAGUGAUCAAGAACAAAAGCAUCUCUCUCUGGGAACUAAACGCUAUUUUCAUGUAAAUUCCUCGAGAAAAAAUUCUGUUGUUUUGACCCGAAAAUAGGCAUGGCCGCCUUGUCACGUGGUUGCAAACUAAGAAUUACUAAAUAACGUCAUUUGAAGGGGUUCUAAACACAAACAAAACCCUUGGAGCCAUCUUGUACAGCAUUACUUGUUUUGACCCGAAAAUAGGCAUGGCCGCCUUGUCACGUGGUUGCAAACUAAGAAUUACUAAAUAACGUCAUUUGAAGGGGUUCUAAACACAAAAAAACCCUUGGAGCCAUCUUGUACAGCAUUACUUAUCAACAGCUCGUUAGCGUUUAUUUGAAUUCGAAGGUAGCACUUUAGAAUUUCACCCAGAACAACAUAAUAAACAGUACCUUGAACAGAUAAUAAACAGUACCACAGGAAAUAAGUACUGCUCGAGUACUGCUCAGUAACUUCUACUCAGUAAAAGAGUAACUCAAUUAAAUGGUCCUAUUUUAGAUUUUCAUUCAGAUGGAAAAGUUAGAAUCACUGCUCAGCAGCUUUCAUUUGAAUCAUCAUUAGAGAUUUCAUUCGCAGAUUCAAUAUUUAGAACCACGUUGAAUGGCCAGCGUCGUCGACAAAACCUGGAUUGGAUAAACCCGUGUAUAAGGCGUUUUCAAAUGACGUCACUGCGGCCAUUUUGGUGUUCCAAAUCAAUCCUGUGGGAGUUGAACUCUUUUCUUAUGUUAACGCUUUUCUUGUUUCAGUAAAUUUGCUUAGAUGCUGCCCACGUGAGUGAAAACGCUCUAUACACAAAAGUUAGAACCACCUUGUGCAGCUUAAUAAACAGUACCACAGGAAAGUACUCUUCAGUAGCUUUCAUUUGAAUGGUCACACUUUAGGAUUUCAUCCACAGGCACAAAAGUUAGAACUACCUUGUACAGUAUAAUAAACAGUACCACAGGAAAGUACUGUUCAGUAGCUUUCAUUUGAAUGGUCACACUUUACGAUUUCACCCACAGACUCAAAAGUUAGAACUACCUUGUACAGUAUAAUAGACAGGUACCAUAGGAAAGUAUUGCUCGAUCAGUAGCUUUAUUUCAAUGGUCACACCGAGUAUUUCAUCCAAAAACUCAAAGUUUAGGACCAAAUUACCAAGCCUUACAGGAACGUACUGCUCGGAGUAGUUUGAGCGGUAACUCACGUGUAACUCUAAAGGAUUUCAUCCACAGACUCAAAGUGAUUCCUUAGCUGUACAACAUCUUUCUCCUCCGCAGAGGCCUCUUUGUAUUGUGGCGAGGCUGGGGAGAAAAAAAAGAGAGCGCGCGGGAAUGCGCGCUUUCUAUUUUUUCGAUUAUUAUAUUUUGAUGGGGAUACCCAGCGGGAGCCUCUGCGGAGGAGAGAGGUACAACAUAAAAAAGAAUCACAGUGAAGUCCCAAUCAGUUGCUUUUGUAUCACAAUGGUCAGAGAUUUUUCUAAAAAAUCUUUGGUCCUUAGUUCUUAUGUUGUUUGUUAAAAAAAGUAAGUCAAAAACAGAAAAAAAUAGAAAAAUCAAAUGAAGUCUAGCAGAGCUAGUGAACUCGUACUUGACUGGCGUAUUGCUGUGCUUGCGUACUCAAGAUAGGAAGGCGGUUAAUGAGAUAGUCUGCGCCAGACUUUUCAAGACAUGAUGAUUAUUUGAUCAAGCACAGUCAUAUUUAGUAGAUUUUGCAGGCGCAAAUCAUGCAAGCACAAGUGUCCAAUAGGAAAGCAGUAUUCCACGCAUGUCAAGUUAAAAAAACAGUUUUGCUAGAACAAGCUCGAUAGCGCAAACAGAUUUCAAGAGUGCACAUUUUUAGAUGAAGGUAAAUGUUCAUUUAGAUAAAUUACUCAGCUUUAAACAUUAAUCUUGCAGGCGGAAGCGUUUAACCCUGCUGAGGAGGAAUUUAAGACAAAAAAAGGUGUCACGUGCAUUAUAAUGGGCCCUAUUUGUUUGCGAAGAUCUCGAAGGAACUAUGUUAUGGUGUGAAACUGAGAAUGAUGAUGUCCGUAACUGAGGUAGGCAAAUAUUUCAUUUAAGAUCACCUUUCGCAAAUGCUCUACGCAAUCUAUAAUUUCUGUAAUUUUUACAACUGACAAUACUGAUGAGGUCGGAAAGUCUCACGUCCUACUGUCUUCUCUUUUUAAAAAGGAUUUGAUCUCACCAGUUAUUGUGUAACGAAAACGUUUUAUGUGCUUCGUAUAAGUUGUCGAUUUUUCUGGUUUAGCGGAAUGAGGUUUUAUAUUCUAAUCACACUGAAACGAUUAUAAAAUAUUUUGUAAGUAAUCUGAAUAAUCACAACACAAAGAAUAGGAGCGGGCAUCUCCUUUAUUGAUGAAGCGAGCGUAGAGCGUUACAAAAAACAGGGUUACAGUUUUACAAACUCAACAAAAUUAGGGUUGAAAGAGUUGCCUCGAAUGGCUCUUGCAUAGCUUAACAAACCUUAAAUAGUGUCCUAGCCCCUCGAGACACCUUACAAGCACGCCUUAAAUACUUCUGCAGUAUUACGCAACCUAAUAUACUUACUCUUGUGAAACUAACAAAACGUUACAAAAUGUAUGUUUUCGCACCCCUUUCGAAUAAUCAAUAUGGAUGUAUGGGGAUAUUUGGAGUGAGUUACCAACUGAUACAACCAAGAAUAACAUAGAAUUAGUGAAAUGAUCACUGCCAAAGGUUAUUAACGGUUGCAAAGAAACUUUUAAAACGGUUGCAAAGAAACUUUUCAAUUUAUUCAAGACCGACAUUGGUUACUACGAAAGAUUCUUUCGACCGCCGGCGUAACAACGUAAUUAUUCUGGUUAAGUUAAUCAGCGAAUAAGGCAUGUCGAAGUUCACUUAAUUUCGUUUCCAAAAGCAGAUAAAAAAAUAAUUCAGCGGCUGGGCAGAAAGGGGAAAAAGACUUUCAAAAGGUGUUUUAAAACAUACCCAGUAUCCGCCACUGUUUGUCAUCCAAAGAGUCCAAUUUCACAGGCACUCCGUUGCAGGUCAUCUAGAAAGCAAAUGUUAAUGCUGGGUUAAUUCCUCUUUAUAAGAUGAGUCAAGAUGAAGCAAGAAGAAAAAAACAAAAUUCAUUUCUGUUCAUAAAAUUACUGUACCAAGAGAUAAACAGCAUGCACCUCCUUGAAGUAAAGCUCAAAAACCUUCAUUAAUGCGCACACUUUCGAGUUUAAUCCAGGGCCCCGAAAGUGACCACCUUGUAAAGCGUAUACAGUACAAAAACAGUAUAAUGCUGGUUUGCACGUGACAUCACGGCGGCCAUGCUAGUGAUCAAGAACAAAAGCAUCUCUCUCUCUGAGAACUAAACGCUAUUUUCAUGUAAAUUCCUCGAGAAAAAAUUCUAUUGUUUUGACCCGAAAAUAGGCAUGGCCGCCUUGUCACGUGGUUGCAAACUAAGAAUUACUAAAUAACGUCAUUUGAAGGGGUUCUAAACACAAACAAAACCCUUGGAGCCAUCUUGUACAGCAUUAAUUAUCAACAGCUCGUUAGCGUUUAUUUGAAUUCGAAGGUAGCACUUUAGAAUUUCACCCAGAACAACAUCAUAAACAGUACCUUGAACAGAUAAUAAACAGUACCACAGGAAAUAAGUACUGCUCGCGUACUGCUCAGUAACUUCUACUCAGUAAAAGAGUAACUCAAUUAAAUGGUCACAUUUUAGAUUUUCAUUCAGAUGGAAAAGUUAGAAUCACUGCUCAGUAGCUUUCAUUUGAAUUAUCAUUAGAGAUUUCAUUCGCAGAUUCAAUAUUUAGAACCACGUUGAAUGGCCAGCGUCGUCGACAAAACCUGGAUUGGAUAAACCCAUGUAUAAAGCGUUUUCCAAGUGACGUCACUGCGGCCAUUUUGGUGUUCCAAAUCAAUCCUGUGGGAGUUGAACUCUUUUCUUAUGUUAACGCUUUUCUUGUUUCAGUAAAUUUGCUUAGAUGCUGCCCACGUGAGUGAAAACGCUCUAUACACUAUCCCUUACCUUUUGCUAUUGAUUGACUUAAAGGGGUUAAACACAGCCUGGGUUUAAUCCCUUCAAGUCACAUAAUACCAAAAGGUUAGGAAUGGUGUAUAGAGCGUUUGUCCCCUAACAUUGAGUGCCAAAGGAAAGUACUGCUAGGCAGCAGCGUAAUUUUUAGGGCGGUACUUAUUGAUUCGCCAUAACAUAGGGUAACACACAUGAGCCAGCUAGGAUGACUGGAAGGCGCACAAAAAACACUUUUUCAUCAGGGGCCCGUUUCUCGAAAGUCCCGAUAAUUAACGGGCCCGGUAAGCUGUCUCCGUUUACAUUUAAGAUCGAGGUAUCAAUAGUUUUGCAUCUAGCAUGAUAAAACUAUCAGUUAGUGAAACAAAAUGGAGUAGUCUGCUAGCCAGGACCAGCGCUCUUAUUCUUUAUAUUUCGAUUUGAAAAUUUGAUUUCGGGUCCGAAAAGUUACCGGGACUUUCGAGAAACGGGCCUCAGGCCUUCUUACACGUUAGAAAACUUAAUACAACAACAGAAAGAGAUAUCUUGGCAUAAACAAUAACGAUAAUGUUUUGUCAGCGAGACUGGUUUUAAUUAAUGUUUUCGUCUGCAGGUAAACUGUGGAUUUCCAAGCUAUCCAGUGCGGUCACUUACCUCAGUGACAGAGUUGGGUGUAAACCUUCAACACCUGCCUAUCAACAGGGCAACGAAGGAUGCUGAAUGGCUCAAUCAAUCAGUGCAUCCUGGAUAUUAA